AUUACCAGGCACGCGCAGGAAACAUGGCGGCGGCGGGUGUUGUGAGCGGGAAGAUUCACUUGGUGACAGGUGGUGCUACUUCCUCAAAUCUCUGCUUGAUCUGUUCUUCCCUUUCUUUUUCUCAAGAUUAUAUAUGAACAAGAAGGAGUAUAUAUUCACUCAUCUUGUGGAAAGACCAAUGACCAAGACAGCUUGAUUUCAGGAAUAUUAUGUGUUUUAGAAAAGGAUGCUGAAGUAAUAGUGGACUGGAGACCAUUGGAUGAUGCAUUAGAUUCCUCUAGUAUUCUCUAUGCUAGAAAGGACUCCAGUUCAGUUGUAGAAUGGACUCAGGCCCCAAAAGAAAGAGGUCAUCGAGGAUCAGAACAUCUGAACAGUUACGAAGCAGAAUGGGACAUGGUUAAUACAGUUUCAUUUAAAAGGAAACCACAUACCAAUGGAGAUGCUCCAAGUCAUAGAAAUGGGAAAAGCAAAUGGUCAUUCCUGUUCAGUUUGACAGACCUGAAAUCAAUCAAGCAAAACAAAGAGGGUAUGGGCUGGUCCUAUUUGGUAUUCUGUCUAAAGGAUGACGUCGUUCUCCCUGCUCUACACUUUCAUCAAGGAGAUAGCAAACUACUGAUUGAAUCUCUUGAAAAAUAUGUGGUAUUGUGUGAAUCUCCACAGGAUAAAAGAACACUUCUUGUGAAUUGUCAGAAUAAGAGUCUUUCACAGUCUUUUGAAAAUCUUCUUGAUGAGCCAGCAUAUGGUUUAAUACAAAAAAUUAAAAAGGACCCUUAUACGGCAACUAUGAUAGGAUUUUCCAAAGUCACAAACUACAUUUUUGACAGUUUGAGAGGCAGCGAUCCCUCUACACAUCAACGACCACCUUCAGAAAUGGCAGAUUUUCUUAGUGAUGCUAUUCCAGGUCUAAAGAUAAAUCAACAAGAAGAACCAGGAUUUGAAGUCAUCACAAGAAUUGAUUUGGGAGAACGGCCUAUUGUUCAAAGGAGAGAACCAGUAUCACUGGAAGAAUGGACUAAGAACAUUGAUUCUGAAGGAAGAAUUUUAAAUGUAGAUAAUAUGAAGCAGAUGAUAUUUAGAGGGGGACUUAGUCAUGCAUUGAGAAAGCAAGCAUGGAAAUUUCUUCUGGGUUAUUUUCCCUGGGACAGUACCAAGGAGGAAAGAACCCAAUUACAAAAGCAAAAAACUGAUGAAUACUUCAGAAUGAAACUGCAGUGGAAAUCUGUCAGCCAGGAACAAGAGAAAAGAAAUUCGAGGUUAAGAGAUUAUAGAAGUCUUAUCGAAAAAGAUGUUAACAGAACAGAUCGAACAAACAAGUUUUAUGAAGGCCAAGAUAAUCCAGGGUUGAUUUUGCUUCAUGACAUUUUGAUGACCUACUGUAUGUAUGAUUUUGAUUUAGGAUAUGUUCAGGGAAUGAGUGAUUUACUUUCCCCUCUUUUAUAUGUGAUGGAAAAUGAAGUGGAUGCCUUUUGGUGCUUUGCCUCUUACAUGGACCAAAUGCAUCAGAAUUUUGAAGAACAAAUGCAAGGCAUGAAGACCCAGCUAAUUCAGCUGAGUACCUUACUUCGAUUGUUAGACAAUGGAUUUUGCAGUUACUUAGAAUCUCAGGACUCUGGAUACCUUUAUUUUUGCUUCAGAUGGCUUUUAAUCAGAUUCAAAAGGGAAUUUAGUUUUCUAGAUAUUCUUCGAUUAUGGGAGGUAAUGUGGACCGAACUACCGUGUAAAAAUUUCCAUCUUCUUCUCUGUUGUGCUAUUCUGGAAUCAGAAAAGCAGCAAAUAAUGGAAAAGCAUUAUGGCUUCAAUGAAAUACUUAAGCAUAUCAAUGAAUUGUCCAUGAAAAUUGAUGUGGAAGAUAUACUAUGCAAGGCAGAAGCAAUUUCUCUACAGAUGGUAAAAUGCAAGGAAUUGCCACAAGCAGUCUGUGAGAUCCUUGGGCUUCAAGACAGUGAAGUUACAACACCAGAUUCAGACGUUGGUGAAGACGAAAAUGUUGUCAUGACUCCUUGUCCUACAUCUGCAUUUCAAAGUAAUGCCUUGCCUACACUCUCCGCCAGUGGAACCAGAGAUGACAGCCCAACACAGAUACCAGUGUCCUCAGAUGUCUGCAGAUUAACACCUGCAUGAUCACUCUUCUUGCUUUUUUGGGAAGAGACACUUUGUUGCAACUCUUUUUCAAGUACUUGAAAGUUGAAAAUUUAAAAUCUUGGUAUUGAUCAUGCUUUAAGGUUUAUGUAAAGAAAGUGUACUGAUGUUCUUACAUUAAAGCUUUACAGAGAUUUAAACUAAUUAUUUUUGUAGUUACUUCUACCAAAUAGCCUUUCCUUUUCGAUAACAUUCCUGAGUAUUUUUAUAGCCAAGUACAUUUUAUUUUCUUGCUGAUGAACUGGAAUUGGAUAAAUACUGCAAGUGGAUGAGUUGGAAAUUAUGCACUUUGAAAAACAUUCACUUUGUUUAAGUUUAUUGGGUUUUGGAUUUGAUUAAAUUAAAUGUGGAGGCUUUCUAUAGCAUUCUAAGCUGAGAAGUAGAUUGUUACCCAGUAAUGAAAUAAAAAAUAAAAAUAAAAGGAUUUUUUUCUCUAUUGUUUACGACAGUAGUCAGCUUAAAUAUUUAUGCUGGUCAAAUGUGAUUUGAAUUGGACAUUUUCAUCAAUGCAGUCUAAUGUGUAGAUAAAUAAUUAUUUCAACCAUAAUAAGUGGAUUGGCAGUAUAGUUUUUACAUUGAACUUUUCUUCACUUGUAUAUAAAGAUUAUAUAUAAGUAUUUAUGAGUAUAAGAAAGGUUAGGCAUAUUUUCAUUAACUGAAUAAAUGACUAUUGAUUUAUAUAACCUGGUUUAUCAAAAUUUAACAUGGCUUCAGUAUGGGAUCUUUUUCAAAACUAUUUUCUUAAACAUUUAUUUCAUGAGAUGUUCAACCCUGUACCUGGUGUAAUUUUAAAAUUAAUUGCUUGUAACCUCACUUUACUAAUAACAUUUAUUAUCUUUCCUAAUGCAUUAACUGAUUAAUCAAGUGUUUAAAUUUUUAUAAAAUACUCUUGCAAAAAUUUUAUUUGAAAAAUUUCUAGAUGCUCUUAUGAGUUUCAAAAUAAUAAUUUUUGUAUAUGAACAAAGCUGUUGUUUUUACCAUGCAGUAUUGCAUGAUUUUAAGUUAUGUGGAAUUAACAUAACUGAUUUUGUUUUAAUUGUAAGUUGUUAACUCCUGUAUAUAUCAUUAAAAUAAAUCUGAAGUUGAA